UUCCUGGAGCAGCACCAGGAAGACAGAGCGCAGGUAUUCCCGCUUCGGGAUGUCCUCAGUGACCCUGAUCGUGGCUCCUCUUAAGGAGAAAGAUUCGGUGCGUUUGGUUGUGCAGAGGUCAGUACAGACAGUGUGGUCCUUCCUCACUGACCAUCUCUCAAGCCACCGUGGGAAGAAUAUCUGGGCAAAGGCUCAGGAAGACAGCACUCAUGUUACAGCCAAGGAGCAGGAAGACCCGAGCACCCGGGGGUACCCUGGCGAGGAGCGUGCCAAGAAGAAAGCAAACCUCCCUAGCACCUCGAAGCAGAGCAGUCAGGGAUGGGCCUCUGGUGGCAUCGUGACAGUCCUGUGUGCACUUAAGCGCCUGAUGAGUAAAGGAAUGUGGGCCUCAGGUAUGCGGCAGACUAUGCCUGGGUCUCUGGACAGAGAUUUUUAUUACAAAAAGUCCGCCAACAGACCAACAUCACAAUCCCAAACCUCCAAGAGCCCCAGCAGCAAUCGCAAUGCCAUCACCAGUUCCUACAGUUCCACCCUGGGGCUGCUGCCUCAGAGAAAAGUUGCACGUGCUGCCCGGUUUCCUAGACCAGGUGCUGCCAACGGUGCUGCCCCACGUCUUUCCAAUGAUGUUCCUUCAUCAGGUGCGUCCAAAGCUGACCCAGGUGCGUCCAAAGGUGCUGUCCCAGGUGCUGCCAAAGCAACUGCCCCACCUUCUUCCAGUGAUGAUCCUUCACUAGGUGCGUCCAAAAGUGCUGACCAAGGUGAUGCUGCCGGUUCUGCUCCGCGUGCUGCUCCAGGUGUUGCAGGAGAUGCUGACACUCUCCCCCACCUAGCCUCAUCCCAGUGCCAAGUCCGUGCAAAGAAACCCAGUGAGAGCUGCCAGCAGACUAGUUCUUCACCUAGUGGGAAAGGAAAGGGAAGGAAAAUAAAGAAAAUCAACAAAAAGUUACCCAGACAAGUGCAGGGCCAAGAUGAUCCUCUGGGCCAACAAAAGUCUAAGAGGCCUUGUGAGACCUCAUCUCACCUUCCCAGUCCUAAGAGACGCAAGAUCGUUCUGCUGCUGCCCUGUAGAAGAGACAGACCUCUGGUCAUGCCCCCAGCCCCAGAUCCCGGCUUCCCAGUCACUGUGGAAUUCUAUGACGCUGAGAAAAGAGCUGCCAUGGAGCGUCUCAACAAGUUCUUGAUGGUGACAGCACUAAGGCCCAGAGCAAUUAAAUGAGCUGAGGAUAGACAUACGGCACGCACUAUCGAUGUGCUGGUCUUCACACCUGAAUGUACUCUAUCGCUCUACUAUAAUGUCACCUUCCAUGAUGGGCCAUUUUGAUAGUUAAAUAAGAUAACCCUCCAACGUGCUACUUUUAGGGUCCAAUUUACAUUUAAAUGUAAAACAUGCUUUCUCUUAUUGACCUAUGUCACACCUCUUUUGGGAUAAAGCAGUGACCCGCCUAUGCCCCUGGGGAAUCUCCCCUCAUUCCCUUCCCAUUCAAAGAAUGAUUGGUAUCACUGAGGAUGCUGACUCAGCCUGUUCUUUAAUCCUCAGGACACCACAAUGGUGCCCUUUCCAUUCAGAGUCUGGGAAAGCCUGCUCCACCACUUGGGUUCCCUCAGUCUCCAGCCCCGAGGCAUCUGUAUUCCACCCACAACAGCAUAAAUCCCCCCUUCACCUCUGAUUUCUUUACAUAAGUGAUAACGUUGUUGAUACAAGA